CGCUGCGUGUCCUGUGCGCGCGAGCGGGUCCGGGCGCGGGUCCCACCGCAAGCGAGCGUGUGCAGCUGCGGCGACCUGGCGGGCGAGCUUCGGAGAGGGCUGGCGUUGCGGGGCAAGGGGAGCAGGAGCAGGCCAAGGGUCCGCUGGCUAGAAGAAAUCUGGCCUCGGAACACGCCAUCCCCGCGCCGCUUCCAAUAACCACUAACAUCUCUAACGAGUAUCCGAGCCUGAAGCUCUGCUCGGAAAUCAUCCUGACCCAACUCGGCCUUUGGAGCUCUCAAAGAUUACUGCAUCUUUUUUUCCCUAGUGCGGAGAAAGUGAGCCGGGAAAGGGAAGGAGGGGGCGGGGACAUCAUCCCCCGAAAGAAUAAAUAAGUAAAUAAACAAACUGGCUCCUCGCCGCAGCUGGACGCGGCCGGUUGAGUCCAGGUUGGGUCGGACCUGAAUCCCUAAAAGCGGAACCGCUUCCCAACCGCGCGCCCGCCGCCCUCCCGCAGCUGAGUCGCCCGCAGCGGUGGCGGCGCCAGACCCGGAGUUUCCUCUUUCACUGGAUGGAGCUGAACUUUGGGCGGCCAGAGCAGCACAGCUAUCCGGGGAUCGCUGCAUGCUAAGCUCCCUCGGCAACAUCCAGCAGCGACUCAGGAUUUUUUUGGGGGGGUGGGGACCAGCCGCGCGCCGGCACCAUGUUCCUGGCGACCCUGUACUUUGCGCUGCCGCUCCUGGACUUGUUCCUGUCGGCGGAGGUGAGCGGCGGAGACCGCCUGGACUGCGUGAAAGCCAGUGAUCAGUGCCUGAAGGAGCAGAGCUGCAGCACCAAGUACCGCACGCUGAGGCAGUGCGUGGCGGGCAAGGAGACCAACUUCAGCCUGGCAUCCGGUCUCGAGGCCAAGGAUGAGUGCCGCAGCGCCAUGGAGGCCCUGAAGCAGAAGUCGCUCUACAACUGCCGCUGCAAGCGGGGUAUGAAGAAGGAGAAGAACUGCCUGCGCAUUUACUGGAGCAUGUACCAGAGCCUGCAGGGAAAUGAUCUGCUGGAGGAUUCCCCAUAUGAACCAGUUAACAGCAGAUUGUCAGAUAUAUUCCGGGUGGUCCCAUUCAUAUCAGAUGUUUUUCAGCAAGUGGAGCACUUUCCCAAAGGGAACAACUGCCUGGAUGCAGCCAAGGCCUGCAACCUCGAUGACAUUUGCAAGAAGUACAGAUCGGCAUACAUCACCCCGUGUACCACCAGCGUGUCCAACGAUGUCUGCAACCGUCGCAAGUGCCACAAGGCUCUCCGGCAGUUCUUUGACAAGGUCCCGGCCAAGCACAGCUACGGAAUGCUCUUCUGCUCCUGCCGGGACAUCGCCUGCACAGAGCGGAGACGACAGACCAUCGUGCCUGUGUGCUCCUAUGAAGAGAGGGAGAAACCCAACUGUUUGAAUUUGCAGGACUCCUGCAAGACAAAUUACAUCUGCAGAUCUCGCCUUGCGGAUUUUUUUACCAACUGCCAGCCAGAGUCAAGGUCUGUCAGCAGCUGUCUAAAGGAAAACUACGCAGACUGCCUCCUCGCCUACUCGGGGCUUAUUGGCACAGUCAUGACCCCCAACUAUAUAGACUCCAAUAGCCUCAGUGUGGCCCCGUGGUGUGACUGCAGCAACAGUGGGAAUGACCUAGAAGAGUGCUUAAAAUUUUUGAAUUUCUUCAAGGACAAUACAUGUCUCAAAAAUGCAAUUCAAGCCUUUGGCAAUGGCUCUGAUGUGACUGUGUGGCAGCCAGCCCUCCCGGUACAGACCACCACUGCCACUACCACCACUGCCUUCCGGGUCAAGAACAAGCCCCUGGGGCCAGCAGGGUCUGAGAAUGAAAUUCCCACUCAUCUUUUACCACCGUGUGCAAAUUUACAGGCACAGAAGCUGAAAUCCAAUGUGUCGGGCAAUACACACCUCUGUAUUUCCAAUGGUAAUUAUGACAAAGAAGGUCUCGGUGCUUCCAGCCACAUAACCACAAAAUCAAUGGCUGUUCCUCCAAGCUGUGGUCUGAGCCCACUGCUGAUUCUGGUGGUAACCGCUCUGUCCACCCUAUUAUCUUUAUCUUUAGCAGAAACAUCAUAGCUGCAUUAAAAGAAAACCAAUGUGGACAUGUAAAAAGACAAAAACCAAGAUAUCUGUUUCCUGUUCUCUUGUAUAGCUGAAAUUCCAGUUUUAGGAGCUCAGUUGAGUAACAGUUCCAUCCAACUGGAACUUUUUUUUUCUUUUAAGAAAGCUUCUUGUGAUCCUUCGGGGCUUCUGUGAAAAACCUGAUACAGUGCUCCAGUCCAAACUCAGAAGGCUUUGGGAUAUGCUGUAUUUUAAAGGGACAGUUUGUAAAUUGGGCUGUAAAGCAAACUGGGGCUGUGUUUUUGAUGAUGAUGACAAUGAUGAUGAAGAUAAUUUUAACAGUUUUACUUCCGGCCUUUCCUAGCUAGAGAAGGAGUUAAUAUUUCUAAGGUACCUCCUAUAUCUCAUGUAAUGACAUUGAUUUCUAAUGACAUAAAUUUCAGCCUGAUAUUGAUGCCAAGCUUUUUUUUUUUGCCACGAAGAAGAUUCUUAUCAAGAGUGGACUUUGUGGAAACAGCUGGUACUGUUGUUCAUCUUUGUAUGUGUACUAGCAUUUUCCACGCCAAUGUUUACAUACUGUAAACAGUUCUGCACUCUUGUACAAAACAACAACAACAAAAACACCUGUCACAUCCAAAUAUAGUAUCUGUCUUUUAGUCAAAAUAGAGUGGGGAAUGAGUGUGCCGAGUCAGUACCUCAGCCCCUGAAUGAGACUCUCCUAAUCCUAAGCCUUACCUGAGUGAGAAGCCCUUAACCUAACGAGAGUCCAAUAUAGCUGAAAUGUCACUCUAAUACUCUUUACACUUACGAGGUUGUAUGUAGAAAAAAAAUUUACUACUAAACAAUUUCAACUAUUGGCUUUCUAUAUUUUGAAAGUAAUGAUACUGUCUCAUUUUUUACUGAUGGUUUAAUACAAAACACAUGGGGCUUGUUUCCCCUCAUAAGUAGUGUUUGCUCUGAUAUUCACUUUACAAACACAGCUCUUCAAAAGCAGACUCUGAGAAGCCUAGUGCGUUAGCAGAAAGUUCCGCAUCACAUGACUGUGGAUAGGCAGGAGGAAACAGAGCAGGCAAGCACAUUGUCUUUUAUCAUUUCUUGAAGUGCAAGCGUGCAUAUCUGUGAGGGAACCGGUGGCUGCUUAUAAAUGUUCCGCAGCAUCUCGUGGCACCCUUGUCAUGAUACAGUCCAGUACAUUGGUUUUCAUGUUAUCUGACAAAGGCAGCUUUGAUUGGGACAUGGGGGCAGGGGCAGGCUGUCCUUUCUUUGGCAGCACAUCCAUGCCAGGAUGCACAGUUCUUUUCCUAAGGAUUGUCUUUACGCCUGACUGCGAUGUCUUGGCCACCAUUUAGAGCAGUUUGGUCUGAAGGUCAAAGAUCUGCUUGCCUCUUGUUCUGUGUCCUCCGAGACAGACUGCAGCUGACUGUGUUAGAAAAGAAGGAAGGUUUGUGGCUCAAGAGGGUUGACGUUAGGUUUGGUGAGAUGAGUUGGUUGGCACAGGUCAGCAGAACAGGAUCCUGGUGAUAGGGCAUCUGGCUUUUCUAACCGCAUACCAUCUUCCAUUAUUCGCUUUAUUAACUAAGUAGACCCUCAAGUGCACUUUCGAAGUCUGGUUUAGAUGGUGAGAUUCCAAAUCUACCAUGACUAAGUACUGGUUGCCACAUUUCUCCAACAUUAAGUAAAGAAGAGGAGAUUCCACCUUAAUAAAGUGCUGGUGAGCACUGGCUUUGUUCCCACAUUGGUAGAGGAGGUGGAGGAGGAAACCAGGGUACACAUUUCUAUAGAUCCCCUUUGCCUGCUGUUGUUUAUCUUGUAAGAUUAAUCAAAUCACUGAGGGGAAAGGGAAAUCUAUGAAAUCCAAGAUAAAGGCAUAGUCUUUUGGUGUUCAAAGUACAUUUGUAUCCAAAUGUUAAUCAACAAAAAUUUACAGUAUUCAGUACUGACUUUUUUCACUUCAAAAUGUUUUCAAGGUAACUUCAGCAGACACCCAACUGUAUUUGAUUAGUGAAAAGUUCUAUAAGACUCUUACUUUGAAUAAACACAUUAAAUGUGUCAAAAUAUUUGGAAUGAGUGGAUAUUAUCUAUGAGUGGAUAUCUCUUACAGAGCAUAUUUUGUUUUCAUUAAGGUAUCUCUGUAUAUCUACACUGGACUAAUUGCAUAUGGGUCUGAUUCUAUGUGAUCCACUGUAGAAAACUAUUGAUUACUUCUGCAUUAACAGCAGGUCUAAUUAGCUUCAGAUGACCAAAGAGGAAAUGGGCGUUUCAGUGCCAACAAGGGCACCCUUCAUUGAAGAAUGCAAGGGUAUGCAACAUAUAAAUUAAAUUUUGAAAAGCCUCAUCUGUCACCAACAAAGAUCACAUUUUUCUUCAGUGAUAAAAACAUAUUCAAGUUACCAAAUCCUCUAUUUGAAAAUGAGUUGCUGAUUCAAUAAAUAGGGGGAAGCAUCUUGUUCAGGGACAACAUGUUGGAGAGAUUCUUAUAAAAGCAAGCCAAGCAAGGUUUCUGCCAUUCAAUGUGAUCUUGGUUUGACACGGUGACCCUGAAAAUUUGUCCCAGAACCGGAGUGCAGUGAUUUAAAUCAUUUACCUAUCUCACUUCUUCUUGGCAUGCUUAAAAGCAAAAAUGAUUCAUGACUUCCUGUCCUUCAGUCUGAGAAUUUGGAGUGCCACUGAAUACAGGGGUUAUCUGCUGAGGUUUGGGUGUCUGGUAGGAAGUAUCUCAUUGCAGUUGAUUUUGAUGACACAAAACAGUAACCAAGGUCCAUGCAGACCAUGACUCGCUGAUGAGGUCAAGCCAUGCCCUACUUAUUUCAGAGAGAAAGAGAGGGGCUAAAAACGCAGUAUUGCCACACUAAUUAGAAGCACAUUCAUUCCACUUUGAUGUUGAAUAUCUUUGACCGAUAUGUUUGAGUAUCUUUUUAAUAGAGCACAUGAAGAAAGAAGUGCACAAUAUAGAGAAGGAAUUGAGAAUGCCAAUUACAUAUUUAUUUUUCCAUACCUGAUUUUUUUCAAGUCUCUAAUUUUAAAAAAGUGUAAGUUGAGAUUAACAUAGGUUAUUUUUCAUGAAGUAUAGCAAACAAUCUAGAAUGUGAUAGGAAUGUGGUUUCUGUUUCAUUUUUUUAACACACUUUUAUGCUGUAGUAAGAAUUUGAGAAGUUGUGUCUUCAGGUUCCUCAAACACAAGACAGGGCACCACCAGAGAUGCCCCAGACUUUGAUUUCAUCUGUAUUCAGAUGGUUCCUAUCUUACAUACACUCUGAGGAUGGGCUGCUUCCAGCUGCUGCCCAUCUCCCUCUUGCCUUCUUGUCUCUAAAUCAGACAUUCCCAAGCACUCCAUCUGCUGUACCAGGAGAGUGGGAGAGCCGAAGCAUUUUGGAGUCCCUGUAAAAUGCCUGGGAAAAGAGAUGGAAGAGCAGUGGGAGUUUAUAUAAUUAGCAAAUUCUUUUCUCAGAAUCCAGCAUAAAUGUAUUUUUGUUGUUAUUAUUUACAAAGCUGUGGCCUUAGAGGAGCUGUCUUUUGGAAAAUAAGUUUUCAUUCAUGUAGUUAGACAUGCACGAUGUAUUUGAAUCAAUAAAUUGUGGACCAGAAAA